UGCGCACCUGUCAGCAAGAGAUGUUGAUUCUCUCAUUGUCCUCAUGGGUAACUUAUUUAAGCAGGUCAACAAUGUCAGCAGUUUGGAGGUGCUUCUGCAACAUCAGAAUAAAGACAGGAGCAAGAAUAACACAGAGGGUGCAGCUGGUUGUCAUGGCAGCAGUGCUGGCGAUGGUUUGUCCUGGGAAGGGCUGCAGCAUUGACUGUCGUCCGAUCCUUACCACCAUCUCAGUGAAGGGCUGUGGAAUAACAGAACUGGUCAACACCACCGAGUGUACUGGACACUGCUUCAUGACGGAUCACAGCUAUCAAGGAAAUCGGCAGCAGCAGAAGACGUGCAACGGAGACUGGACCUAUAUGUUUAAACGUAUUGAUGGGUGUCCAGAGGAAGUGCCCUACCCUGUGGCCAUGAAAUGCAAUUGUGCUGUAUGUGAUCUAAAGACCAUGGACUGUGGACGGUUUGUUGAAACUAUACCAACAUGUGAUCCAUUGUUAAAAGAGUAAAUGUACAUAGUUACAUUUAUUGGCUUCAAUUGGCUGGAACUGAAAUAAACAGACAUUACUCAAGUGCA